AGAAGUGCAAUAAGCAAACAAACAUUUUUGUCCCUGGACGGCUUCCUUUCACAGCGUGGACGUCAAUGACAUUCUGAGCUUUCAUAAGAUUGCUCACUUCUGCUGGAUGCGAAGAUGUUCUUAACCUUUUUAUGCAGAACAUUAACAAGAGAUGUCGCAAAGGUCAGUGUUGGCCAGCAUGUGCAGUCUUUACACACGGGAUGUCAGCUGCUGGCAGCAGAGAAAGCCCUCCUCAUGAAACUGCGGAAAAGCACCGGCUACACUUUCAUUAACUGUAAGAAAGCCCUGGAGAAGUUCGAUAAUGACGUAGCACAGGCAGAGACAUGGCUGCAUGAGCAGGCCCAGAAGGAGGGCUGGAGCAAAGCAAACAAGCUCGAAGGUCGCAAAGCCAAAGAGGGCCUGAUCGGCGUGUUUGUGGGGGACAAAGCUGCAGUAAUGGUUGAGGUGAACUGUGAGACAGACUUUGUGGCACGCAAUGAGAAGUUCCAGCAGCUGGUUAAGGAUGUGACAUUUGCCACCCUGGCCCACCACAGAAAUAAAACUCAAAGUCAGCCGGGAUAUGUGAAGAGUGUCCUAUCAAGCGAUGACUUAAGCAAACUCAGCGUGGGUGAAGGAACCUCACUAGCUGAUCAGGUGGCUCUCACUAUAGGUCGCCUUGGUGAGAACAUGUCUUUGAAGCGGGCAGUGACGGUGGGCAUCCCUGCUGAGUGGAAAAUUGGUUCAUAUGUACACGGCGGCAUCAGCACCCAGACCGAGGUAGCCAUGGGCCGUUAUGGAGCCCUGGUCAUAUUUCAGGGUGGAAAGGAAGGAGAGCAGGAAAUGCUAGGUCGUAAACUGGGACAGCAUAUAGUCGGAGAGUCCCCUUUGUCUCUGGGUAACAUGGAUGACCUGCCCUGUGGCGAAAGUGAGACACGCCUGCUGCCUCAGACCUUCCUGGCAGACCCCAGCAGGACUGUGGCACAGUUCCUCAGAGGUCAGCAGGCUCGAGUGCUAGACUUUGUCCGAUUUCAAUGCGGCGAGACGACUGAAGACGCAGAAUGAAGAGAGGGGAAAUUGUUCAUCCAGCUGAAUUUGACAUGUCUUUAUUUUGUGUGUGAAUAUAAUUCAGGUUUUUGUGUACUCUAAGACUGAGGUAUCACAGUCACACAGCAUCAUGAAUUUGAAAGAGUAUGUGCGCCCACAAACACUGGUACCUGAUGAAAUGACCAAUCCAACAAUAAAAUCUUUUUCCUGAAAAACCUGUCUUAGUAUUUAAUUUUAUACACUAUUCUGUGUUCUGUAUUUUGACACAUAAAUAUAAAUUUUUUAAUGAAAAGGUUUAGUGGUUUAGUAAUUAUUUUCAAAAAUUAUCAAAAAUUAUCUCUAUAUAUGACGAACCUCUUGCUUUGUAACCUAACUGAACUUACAUCCAUCUAUCUUCUUCUGCUUAUCCGGGGCCGGGUCGCGGGGGCAGCAGCCUAAGAAGAGAAGCCCACCACCUCCAGCUUGUCCGGGGGAACACCAUGGCAUUCCCAGACCAGCCAAGAGAUAUUAUCUCCAGCGUGUUCUGGGUCUGUCCCAGGGCCUUCUCCCGAUGGGACAUGCCUGGAACACCUCGCCCAGGAGGCAUCUUUGUCAGAUGCUCGAACCACCUCAAAUGGCCUCUUUCAAUGUGCAGGAGCAGUGGCUCUACUCUGAGACCCUCCCGGAUGGCUGAACCAUCAUUAGGAGAUAAAGUAUUUUUUUAUUUAUUGCUCUGUAUUGUUUUAUUGCAGGAUGCAGGGAAUGUUGAGACAAAUUUACAUCACAUUACAUCUUCUCAUUUGGGGACUUGAAUUUAAGUGCUACUGUUGGGAAAAUGAUUUCAAAACAAUUAUAUAAUGAGUGUAAUGAAACACUUGCAGGCAGCGCCGCAGUUUGCUUAUUGUUUAGGGGGAAGUUUCACUCCCUAAGGGGUUGCGGGAUAGGCCGA